AUGCAUGACAUCUGGGUAAUCACCACUUCUCCCGCUUGCUUUGAGAUUCUGUAUAAAUAUUGCAAACAAAAGGGUAGAGCACGGAUGGGAGGCCUUAUAGUAAAAAUUAUUCGUUUUAAUCAUGCGUCAGUGUGA